CGAAGAAAUGUUAUUUGAGACUCAACUGUUAACGAGCAGUUUUGUGUCAGUAUCUGCUCACUUUAGACCGUUUUAGAUACCGUUUAAAACCGCCUUAUUGUGUGGCUUUCUGUGAAGUUUGUGGGAAUCAAUUCAGUGCAGAAAUAUUAUUAAUAUUAUAUUAUUUAAAUUUGUUAAAGAGCUUUUACUUGGUUACGCUCGGUUUUUCUUUACCUUGUGUCUUUCUAUAAAGUCUUAAUAGUUUAAAUGAUUUCAUACCUAUAUGUCGAAAGAAUGACCAACGCCAAUAAAUUUCGUGUCAACCCCAUCUACUACUCAGACUAUUCUGAUACGGAACUUUGUUAGAAAUAUUCGAAACACUGGUUCGAAUUCGCCCUUAACGCCCUCAAGUUUGUGGCUGAAGAUAUUUUUAUACCUGAGAAUUUUUAUUAAGUUUAUAUCGAAUUAUGGAUAUCGUUAGUAGUUAUCCCCUAGUAAAAGCCUUCCUUGCUGGUUCAUUUUCGGGAACAUUUUCAACAGUUCUGUUCCAACCAUUGGAUUUGGUUAAAACCAGGUUGCAAAACUCACCUGCAACAUUUAUAAAUGGCCGCCAUGGAACUCUCAGUAUGCUCAGCAUAUUUACCAACAUUGUACAGCAAGAGCAUAUUAAAGGUUUAUGGAGAGGAAUGACUCCAUCUAUCACAAGAUGUGUGCCAGGAAUCGGUUUAUACUUUUCGUCAUUAGACUACAUCAAAUCCCACUAUCUAGAAGGGAAAACUCCCACUGCCUUGGAGUCCGUAACAAUGGGAUUCUGUGCCAGAUCGAUGAGUGGGGCUAUUUUGAUUCCGAUUACUGUAGUGAAAACCAGAUUUGAAAGUGGCAUGUAUGAUUAUAACAGCAUGGUGUCCGCUUUAAAGCACAUUUAUCGCACGGAAGGCUUACGUGGCAUGACGUGCGGGCUGGUUCCUACGUUGUUUAGAGAUGCUCCGUUUUCUGGACUCUAUCUUAUGUUCUACACUCAGACGAAACAGCUGAUUCCCAAAGAACUUAUCAACUCUCCAUACACCUCUCCCAUCCACUUUACCUGUGGAAUAACAGCAGGUAUUUUAGCAUCGGUGGUAACUCAGCCAGCUGAUGUUCUCAAAACCAAAAUGCAACUUUAUCCCACCAAAUUCAAGGGUCUUUGGUCGGUGAUAGUUUACGUACAUAAUAAUCAUGGUGUACAAGGCUAUUUUAAGGGUAUGGUCCCACGAAUGUUGCGUCGUACGCUGAUGGCCGCCAUGGCUUGGACUGUGUAUGAGCAGCUUUCGAAGAAAUUAGGUUUAAAAUAAUACAGUACUAUUUUAUUAAGGGGUAUUCUAGGUAUGAAACCAUGGAUUACUGGCUUAAAAGCCGCAUUACGGCCUUGUAUCAGAUUCAGUGUUCGGUCUGAUUCACUUUGCAAGAUUUUUGUAUGCAAAUUUUCCACAAUGAACCACAUCUAUCCCAUAGAGUUACUAAUAGCAGUAAAUAUAUUUUUAUUAUACAUUUAUAAUGAAUAGUACUGUACUAUUUUAGAUUAUAUUUUUACCACUUAUUCAUUUAAUGAUGGUGAAUAGCACAAAAUUAUAAGAUGCAAAACCCAUUAAAAAUCCUUUUGGUGCUCUUGUAAUAUAAGAUUAGGAAAAUGGGACUAUAUACCGUGUUUUUGCAUAAUCGUAUUAGAGUUUUACAUGUUUUUAUUCGGGAUAAUCUGCAAACGAUAUUGUAUGAAAACCAUACAGUAUUGAUUUGUGAUAUAUUUUGUUAUUUUAUAUAUUAUUUUGCUGUCGGCAUUUUGAGAUGUGGAGAACAAAAUGUUGGGAAAAUAAAGCAUUUGAUUUGUUGAA